CCUUCAACGCUCUCCUCCCCCUCCUCUCCACAUAACAAUAAUAAUAAUAUUGAAGAGAGAGAGAGAGAGAGAGAGAGAGAGAGAGAGAGAGAGAGAGGUGUUGUAGAGAGAGAGAGAGGGGGAGGGAUCAAUGGCGAAUCCCGUGUCGAGAACGGCGCUAAAUCGAAUCAGCCUCUCCGAGCCCGAUUUGAGCAAAUCCGUCGCCCUGCUCAAGCAGGCGUGUCUGGACUCGGGGUUCUUUUACGUGGUUGAUCACGGAAUAAGCCAGGAGUUCAUGGACGAGGUUUUCGCGCAAAGUAAGAAAUUCUUCGAUCUGCCGACUGACGAGAAAAUGAAGCUUUUGCGGAACGAGAAGAAUCGGGGCUACACUCCGAUUCUGGAUGAGACUCUUGAUCCCGACAAUCAAGUUGGUGGUGACUAUAAAGAAGGAUAUUAUAUAGGUGUUGAGGUACCCGAAGACGAUCCACAAGCUAAUAAACCAUUUUAUGGGCCAAAUCAGUGGCCUUCUGCAGAUCUAUUACCCAGAUGGAGGGAUGUCAUGGAGCAGUAUCAUAUGGAGGCAUUGAGAGUGGCAAAACAAGUUGCCAGGAUCAUUGCCCUUGCACUUGACCUAGAUGCCAAUUUCUUUGAUAAGCCGGAAUUGCUUGGAGACCCUAUUGCAACUUUGAGACUCCUACACUAUGAAGGUCAAGUUUCAAAUCCUGCGGGGGGAGUGUACGGAGCUGGUGCUCACUCUGAUUACGGUUUGAUCACACUCUUGGCAACAGAUGAUGUUGUAGGCCUCCAAAUAUGCAAGGACCGAAAUGCUCAGCCACAAGUAUGGGAAUAUGUAGAACCUUUAAAGGGAGGGUUCAUAGUGAAUCUUGGCGACAUGCUUGAACGUUGGAGUAACUGUAUUUUCAGGUCAACCUUGCAUCGGGUAGUCCUGGAUGGGCGAGAACGGUACUCGAUUGCGUUUUUUGUGGAACCAAGCCACGAGUGUCUUGUGGAGUGCUUACCAACCUGCAAAUCUGAAGAAAACCCUCCAAAGUUUCCUCCGGUAACUUGUGCCGCAUACCUGCUCCAACGGUACAAAGAUACGCAUGCCGAUUUGAGCUCGUACAGUAAACAACAAACCUAGAAGAUGGCUGAGUUUCUCCUUAUUAGACGAAAAGUAUCGCUAGCGAUGCCAUGUGUUUUCUUUUCCCCUUCCAAAUUCCAAGAAUAUCGUAGAAAACAUUUUUAAUUUAUUUUGCCGUAAUUAAAUAUAAUCAUGAAGAAAAUAAGGGGAUGAAUCUCACUGAUGUGUACUAUUUAGGGCCAUUAUUAAGGGCAGUUAUGAGAAGGCAUGUAUUUGUAUAUAAAUGAGUAUAAUUUUGUAUUGUCCUUGUUCUUUGAGGUUGGGCGUGUGUAUAAAAUAUAAGCAAAAUGUUGACAAAAUAUAUAUCCUUCGCAAUGUUGCGGAAUUAUUUAUGUUGAUAAAGAGGUACCAUGUUUCCUUUCUCA